CAUUUAAGUGUCUCAUGCAUCUACUCACUGGUACUCGGUUAGCUUUAAUGAGCACAUAUGUAUCUAUCAAAAUAGACCUUGAACUUGAAAACUUAAGCUAGGCACUUAAAGAAACAUGUCCUGUCUGCUCUGCCACUUCUAAACAACCUUUUAUCAAUGGUAGAUGAUAUAAGUGAGCCUGACACCAAACUGGGGUCAGAUACAGUUUCAGUAGACUGUCGUAUCCUUCUUCACAUCAUUAAUAAUAGAAGGAGCAUGCACAGCCAGGAAGCAGAAGCUUGGGCUGCUUUCAUUAUUACUCUACAGGACAGAAACAUGGACCUCUCUGUUUUGCCAAACAACAACCAUCCUGAUAAAUUUCUACAAUUGGAGGUGAAGUCUUUAGUGAAAAACUCUGCCUUUCUGCAAGCCAGCCUGCCAAAAUUCCCAGAAGCAGCUUUACCUGGAGUGCAGCAGUGGCACAACAGGAUUUAUUUACAGAGAGAAAAGAAAAACACCACUGAGCUGCCUGGCUUGGAACUGAAUGGCAUCAGCCAAGAAAUGAUAGACAAAGCCCUUGGGAAACACAUUACACCCAUCACCCUGAAAUCCACAAUCAAGAGCAAUCCCCUGUAUAGCGAUAUCCAGGUGGAUGACGACUGGGAGGAGAAGAAAAGGACACCUUCCUGGACUGUGCAGGACUAUGACAGACAUUCACUGCAUUCUAACUUGGCCAGCCACAUAAAGGAAAAUCCUAAUGAUCUACAGUUCUGGAUGGGGGAUAUAUAUACUCCUGGGUACGAUACCCUGUUAAAAAAGAAAGAGAGAGAAAAAAAGCAUUCCAAAUGUUGCCGAAUCAUCCUGCUCAUGAUACUAGCUGUUUGCAUCCUGAUUACCAUAGUCACGCUCAGCGUUUUACUUACUUAGUACAGCCAAAUGUUGUUGAUGGGAGUUUUUCAAUAAAUAUUUUUAUUAAGCUAUUCCCCUCCCUUGUUUUAUUUGAAUUCCAAUUUUUGUCACAAAUACAAUUUGUUUGACAUCACUAUUUUACAAUG